ACGCCAUAUCCGCCUAACUAAACCCGCGAUAGUUCAACUGCGGAGGUUAAAGUUGCCAAGAGUUAACGUUUGUGUAGUGGUUAUCAGUGGACUGUAUUUUUAAAUGUAACGUUUCUUUCGCGAAACUGUUUGACAUUCGUUUAAGAGCAGAUGGGUAGUAUAACGUCAGUCUGUAACUAUACGUUAUCAUGAUUACUGGCUGAUCUAACAAGCUUUUCUAGCUAGUGCUAGUCAGCUAAAAUAAACAAUUAAAAUGUUAGCUAACUAGGUAGCUGGCUUACUACUAACUUUUGUGUAACGAAACUGUACAUUAACGUACUGAUUAAUGUUGUCAAGGAUAUGUGCGUUGCAAAUCUUUCUAUCCGUCCGAUCUGUUCUGGUUUACGUUGACUUGCACCACGGUAACAUUAGCUAACAUUAGAAUUAAUGCUUAUUGUGCAUGUCAGUUGAUGGGCACACCGUUGAUAGACGACACACCCAUCUAAACGGGAGGGUAGAAAAAGACUUGGACUUGGCGGCUCAUGACUAUCCUGUAACUAUGUCUUCUUUAACGCCUGAGCAACAGAGAAAAAUAGAGGAAAACAGACAGCGAGCCCUGGCACGGAGAGCCGAGAGACUAGCUCAAGGCACUUGUCAACAGGAUACUGGACCGAGCAACGUGAACGCUUACAGUAAACCAAAUGCUGCACACUUUGGCCCUCGCCCCCCUCCUUCGGGCAGCAGUGUCCCAUUAUCCACAACGGGACCGUCAAUCUCGCUGUAUAACAGGCCAAUAGAGAAGUGUCAACCCAGUGCAACUACUGCGAACAAACAGGCUAAACUGAUCGACCCUCUUCCCCUUCAGACAAGCAGUUUAGGCUUCAAACCACCGCCACAUUCAGUGAACACUUCAAGCUUCAACUCUCCUCAGUCAACAAACACUUUGAGCUUCAAACCGCCACAUUCAGUGAACACUUCAAGCUUCAACUCUCCUCAGUCAACAAACACUUUGAGCUUCAAACCGCCACAUUCAGUGAACACUUCAAGCUUCAACUCUCCUCAGUCAACAAACACUUUGAGCUUCAAACCCCCACAUUCAGUGAACACUUCAAGCUUUAAUUCUCCUCAUUCAACGAACACGCCGAGCUUCAAACUGCCACAGUCAACGAACACUUCAAGCUUCAAACCGCAACCACAGUCAACAAACACUUCGAGCUUCAAACCUUCACAGCCAGCCAAGUUAGGUGAUGGCUCCUCAGGUGUACCUGUAGCUGGCUGCAGACUGGUAGCUUUUACGGUUCAGGGCCUUGUCAGGUACCCCCUGCUGCGACCGCGACCGUUACUUUCUGCUGCUGCACAGAAACAGCCGCCCAGGCCCCCGGAGCCAGCCAGUGGACCACCUGUGAAGAAGCCCGCUGUGUCAGUGAGAGGGAGAUGUGUGUCCCACACCGCAGAGCGCUUCAGGGUGGAGGUCGGCUACCAGGCACAACUCAUUGCUGUCUUCAAGAACAUUCCCUCAAAAAACUAUGAUCCCGCAACGAAGAUGUGGAACUUCGGUCUGGAGGACUACGGCCAACUGAUGGCGGAAGCUUCCGGCAUCCCGUCCGUGGCCCUGAAACCGCUGGAGGGGAUGGUGGGGCUGGAUGUUACCGUGGCGACCAGCCGGGCGCGGGACGCAGCGGCGCUGUCCGCGCUGAUGAAACUGUGCCAGGGCUGGCAGAAGCCCGGCGCCAUCGUGAAGGCCCAGUGUGUGCUCACGAGCCGCUCCCGCUUCGAGGUGGACUCGCCCUACCACGCCAACAUCAUCGCUGCCUUCAAACAGAUGCCCUCCAAAAACUACGACAUGAAGACCAGGAAAUGGAGUUUCCUGUUGGAGGAUUAUGGGAAACUCAUGGAGGUGCUGAAUGCCAUCUCCUCGGUGGAGGUGGAGCCCUUGCCCAGGGCAGUGGUGCAGGCCUUCUCCUCCCAGUUCGAGAAGAGCGUGUCCCAGGGGUCAGAGGUCGCCGAGCCCCCGGAUGCCGACCUCUCGGAGGUGGAUGCCACCCUUGUCAGCAGCCUCAUGCAGUUCCAGAGAGUGGGCGUCAAUUAUGCGGUGGCCAAAGAUGGACGCCUGCUGCUGGCCGAUGACAUGGGCCUGGGGAAGACAGUGCAGGCCAUCUGCAUCGCUGCCUACUACAGGAAGGAGUGGCCGCUGCUGGUGGUGUCCCCGUCCUCCGUGCGAUUCACAUGGGCCGAGGCCUUCCGGCGUUGGCUGCCGUCUGUGGGGGCUGACAGUGUGAAUGUGGUGGUGACGGGCAGGGACAAUCUGCGUGGGGGCCUGGUCAACAUCGUCAGCUAUGACCUCCUGAGCAGAGUGGACAAGCAGAAGCCCGCAGAACCCUUCAACGUGCUCAUCAUGGACGAGUCCCACUUCCUGAAGAACAUGAAGACUGCCCGCUGCAGAGCGGCCCUUCCCUUAUUAAAGGCAGCUAAGCGGGUGAUUCUGUUGUCGGGGACCCCUGCCAUGUCCCGCCCCUCGGAACUCUACUCGCAGAUUCUGGCGGUUAGCCCCUCGCUUUUCCCACGCUUCCAUGAUUUUGGGGCGCGCUACUGUGAUGCCAAGCAGCUUGCCUGGGGUUGGGACUACUCUGGCUCGUCUAACCUGCUGGAGCUGCGCCUGCUGCUUGGGGAGACGCUGAUGCUGCGGCGGCUCAAGAGGGAAGUGCUCUCCCAGCUGCCCGCCAAGCAGCGCAAGGUUGUCAUAGUCACCACAGACGGCAUUAACGCCCGCACCAAAGCAGCGCUCUCCUCCGCUGCCAAGAACCUCGCCAGCGGAAGCAAUAACAAGAUGAAAGAGAAAGAAGCUCUUCUGGUUUACUAUAACCACACGGCAGAGGCCAAGAUUCGGCCCAUUAUGGAGUACAUCAUGGACAUGCUGGAGUGCGGUCGGGAGAAGUUUCUGGUCUUCGCCCAUCACAAGGUGGUGCUGGACAGCGUGACCAAAGAGCUCCAGGAGAAGGGUGUGAACUACAUCCGCAUAGACGGUUCUACCCCAUCGGCGGAGCGUCAGCAGCUGUGCGAGCGGUUCCAGUUCUCCGAGAAGAGCUGUGUGGCGGUGCUCUCCAUCACCGCUGCCAACAUGGGCAUCACGCUCCACGCCGCAGACUUGGUGGUGUUUGCCGAACUCUUCUGGAACCCGGGGGUGCUGAUCCAGGCGGAGGACCGAGUGCACCGCAUCGGGCAAACCAGUAACGUGGACAUCCAUUACCUGGUGGCCAAAGGCACGGCUGACGACCACCUCUGGCCGAUGAUUCAGGAGAAGAUGAAAAUACUGGAGCAGGUGGGACUCUCUGAGGCCAAUCUCUCCGACAGAGCUGAGUGUGCCAGCUUCCACAGCAAGGAUCCUAAGCAGAAGACCAUCACAGAGAUGUUCCAGCGGUCGUUUGCGGAGGAUGACGUGGACGAGGCUGUGCUGCUGGAGGCCGUGACCGACUGGGAGGACGGAGACGAGGGGACCACGGGUCUCAAAGCUAGCGCCUUCUCCGAGAGCCCCAGCAAGAAGAGACGCAUACUUGACUACUUCGGCCGCUGAUCGGACUGCAUUUAGACCGUAUACACAACUACAUCAACCAAUGAUCUGAUUGUAUUUAGACCGUAUACACAACUACAUCAACCAAUGAUCUGCCUUCAGCCGAUCAAUCACAACGCUCUUAUGAUUUCCCUUAAAAAAAAAAAGCAUUUGCUUUGUUUGAUUAUGUUAAGGAAAGCCUUUUGCUCUGUUAAAAAUAUGAUAAUAAUUGAUGUUCAGCCUUACAUCAUGAAAGAUGGCUUAAGGCUCGUCCAUUAUUUUGUGUGCUCUGUGAGAACAUGCCUGCACAGCUUAUGACUCCUUGAUGAAUGAAUAUAAUAAAGAGUUUAUUUUAUUUUCAUGAUCA